AAAUUUUCGAAGAAGUUCAGGGCAUCUUGUUGAUGGGUCUCGGGGUUGAAUUGACACAGAAGCUCUCACUCGACCAACCGGAUAGCUCACCCCAGAUCCAUCAUACACAAUGGCAAAGAAAGACCCAGAAGAGAUCGUCUUCGAGGAGCAGCAGACCGACGCUUCCUCCAAGAAACGGAAGUCCGCCCUCGACGAAAUACAAGUCGACCUUUCGCUCCCUGAGCCUCCCUCCAAAAAGGCACGCCGUGCGCUCAAGAAGGGCAAGACACUGCCCGUGAAACCGACAAGUGACGACGAGGAAGAUGGCGAGGAUGGCAAAGCGGACGGGGCUAAGGAUAGCAAGAAGAAAAAGGAGCGCUCCCCCUACGGCGUGUGGAUCGGCAACCUGCGCUUCACCGUCACCAAGCCCGAGCUUCGCAAGUGGCUCGUUGACAACUCGGGCGGCAGCAUUACCGACGAAUCCAUCACCCGAGUGCACAUGCCCAUGACCAAACCCGCCCCUGGGCCGGGCCCCAAGAAGGCCCCCGAGAACCGCGGUUUCGCCUACGUCGACUUUGCCACCUUUGACGCCAACGUCGCGGCCAUCGCCCUCUCCGAAACCGAAUGGUACCGCCGCAAGCUUCUCAUCAAGGAUAGCAAGAGCUUUGAGGGGCGGCCGAAGAAGGAGGAACCCGCAGCCGUCGCAGCAGACGGGACUACGAGCAAGGGGGCUGGGUCAGACGCCAAAGCCGGUGGCCCGAGUGCCGGCGCCAGCACCAAGAUCUUUGUGGGCAACAUGUCGUUCAACACUACCGAAGACGACUUGCACGCGCAUUUUGAAAAGUGCGGCAAGAUCCGCUGGAUCAAGGUGGCCACGUUCGAAGACUCGGGCAAAUGCAAAGGAUACGGCUGGGUCAACUUCGAGGACGCCGAGGCGGCAGCGUGGGCGGUUAAGGGGUUCGUCAAGGUCCGCGAGACAGUCGAGACGCUGGAGGAUUUCAUGGAUGUAGACGACGAGGAUGCCAAGCCAGCCGGCGGCGAGGAAGCAGAGGGCGAGACCAACGACGAGCCCAAACCGUCCAACGAAAGCAACGACGAGGGCAGCGGGGCCGACUCCGACUCCGACUCUGAAGACGAAGAAAACAAAACCCCCAAGAAGAAGCCCCAAAAACCCACCACCAAAGAACCCGCCCGCAUCCGCACCCGCAAGUGGUGGGUCAACCAGCUCCUCGGCCGCAACCUCAAGAUCGAGCUGGCCGAGGACGACCAGACGCGCUACCACAAGCGCUUCGGCAAGGGCGCCACCGCAGCCAGGCGGCAGCAGGAACAACAACAACAAUCCGAAAACAACCCCCGACAAAGGCCCGCGGGGAGACAGGACAGCAACGGGGAGCAACAGCAACAGAACGGCGGCAAGGAACAAAAGGCCAUCAAGUACCAGGCCGACGUCAGCGUCGCCCGCCUGACGGGCGCGCCGGUGGCGCACCAGGGGAAGAAGGUUACUUUCGACUGAGCUUGGUUUUGCUUGCCCGGCGAAAAAGAGAAAGGAGGGGUUGGGGGGACAAACCCAACGUGGUAGCGUAUCUGCGAGACAAGUCGGGAUGGUGCUGUUUGAUUUGGCUGGCUGGAUUCACUUGACGAGUUACCUGCCAAGGCACCUAAGGGGGUUUGUUUGUUUCUUGUUCGGUGUCAAGAGCUGCGUAGUUAUACCCAACAUAUAUGUAGGAAGAUAUCUACCACCGCGCGGUACUUGCUGCCUACAAAGGAGUUGCGGCC